AUGUUGCGACAUGGAACGCGUGGAAUACUUUUGAAAGCUUACCGCAAUUUUCACAUGAUGAGUAUCACUAAAUCAAAACCUUUUACUGUUUUCGUGGAAGGUAAUAUUGGUAGUGGUAAAACAACUUUCCUUGAACAUUUUCGACAGUUUGAAGAUAUAACUUUGUUGACGGAACCUGUUGAAGAAUGGCGAAAUCUUCACGGAUGGAAUUUAUUGGACCUUAUGUAUAAGGAUCCAGCAAAAUGGGCAAUGACCUUUCAAGCGUAUGUUUCUCUUACUAUGCUCGAGAUGCACCGUAGACCCACAGUCACGCCAAUUAAAUUAAUGGAACGCUCAAUAUACAGUGCUCGGUAUUGUUUUGUUGAGCAUAUGAUGAAGGCAGGCACUUUACAUCCAGCACAGUUUGCAGUCCUCGAUGAGUGGUUUAGAUUUAUUCACCAGCAGAUUCCAAUUGAAGCAGAUCUAAUAGUAUACCUCAAAACAACACCAAGUGUUGUAUAUGAGAGAAUAAAAAAGAGAGCUCGCUCAGAAGAACAAUGUGUCCCAAUAACUUACAUUGAAGAACUACAUAAGCUUCAUGAAGACUGGUUGAUUAAUAGGACACAUGCUGAGUGUCCAGCCCCCGUACUCAUACUAGACGCAGAUUUAGAUUUAUCACAAAUUACUGAAGAAUAUCGCAAGAGUGAGCACCAAAUCCUAAGGAAAGCUGUUGAUGUGGUGAUGAGUUCACCAAAUAAGCUAAGCCCAAAAAAACCCAUCAACAGCUCACCAAUAUCCAUUGUUCCACAAUUUAAACUU